UAGCCUCGAGGCGGGCAACACAAACGAAGAAGACCCACGACUUGAGAACAGCGGAAACUGCUGUCCUCUGUAGCCUGGACUGAAAAAUGGCGGCGUCUGUGUGCCGAGUUGGGAGCACCGUGGGUCGUGUACUAGCCAAAGCCCGUAGUCCCGUCCUGCUGUCUCUGAGGCGUGGACAAGCCUCUGUCAGCUAUGCCCAAAGCCUGGUUGGAGCCCCUGAAACCCGUCUCACUGCCCUGGAUAAUGGCCUGAGGGUCGCGUCUGAAGAGACGGGACAUGCAACAUGCACUGUCGGACUAUGGAUCAGUGCUGGCAGUCGCUACGAGAGCGAAAGAAACAACGGUGCAGGCUUUUUCCUGGAGCACAUGGCGUUUAAGGGAACCAAGAAGCAUCCUCAGGCUGCCUUGGAGCAGGAGGUGGAGUCGAUGGGUGCUCACUUGAGUGCCUACACCUCCCGGGAGCACACUGCAUACUACAUGAAGACUCUGGCGAAAGACCUGCCUAAAGCUGUGGAGCUGCUGUCAGAGGUGGUGCAGAGCUGCUCGCUCACUGAGGCGGAGCUUGAGCAGCAGCGGGGCGUCGUGCUACGUGAACUGGAGGAAGUAGAAGGCAACUUGCAGGAAGUUUGUCUGGACCUGCUGCAUGCCACAGCCUUUCAGGGUACCCCUCUGGGUCAGAGUGUACUGGGACCAUCCAACAAUGCCAGAACUCUCACUCGCCAGGACUUGGUGGAUUACAUCAACAGUCACUACAAGGCCCCACGUAUGGUUCUGUCAGCUGCUGGAGGUGUUAACCACGAGGAGCUGGUUGGUUUGGCCAAAACUCACUUCAGUGGCGUGUCCUUUGAGUACGAGGGAGAUGCUGUUCCUGUGUUGUCACCCUGCAGGUUUACAGGAAGUGAGAUCCGCAUGCGUGAUGAUGCUCUACCUCUGGCUCACAUCGCCAUCGCUGUGGAGGGGGCCAGUGCUGCCAGCCCCGAUAUUGUGCCUCUCAUGGUGGCUAACGCAAUCAUUGGAAGCUACGACCUCACCUACGGUGGUGGAAAGCACCUGAGCAGCCGUCUGGCCCGCCUGGCAGUGGAAGAAAACCUGUGCCACAGCUUCCAGGCCUUCCACUCGUCCUACAGCGACACCGGCCUGCUGGGAAUCUACUUUGUGACGGACAGGCACCACAUUGAUGAUAUGAUGCACUGGUCCCAGAACGCUUGGAUGAACCUGUGCACCACAGCCACCGAGAGUGAUGUAGCAAGAGGCAAGAAUGCUCUGAAGGCCAGCCUGGUAGGACAGCUCAACGGAACAACACCGAUUUGCGAUGACAUCGGCAGGCACAUUCUCAACUACGGCCGCCGUAUUCCUCUGGCUGAGUGGGACGCAAGGAUUGAUGCCGUGACCCCCAGGAUGGUACGUGACGUGUGCUCCAAGUACAUCUACGACAAGUGUCCUGCUGUGGCUGCUGUCGGGCCCGUCGAGCAGCUUCCCGACUACAACAGAAUGCGCAGUGCCAUGUACUGGCUCAGGUUUUAACUUUUCAUUGUGACGUUGCUUUGUUUUCGCUCCUCAACCUCUCACCAAGGAUGCUGUCUGUCUUUCAAACACGUCUUUUAUCAUGCACGCUGGUAGCCACUAAGCCACCAGUCCGACAGUAAAAAAUGAGCGGACGUACUGUAAACAUCGUAAAUGCAACCAGUGUGGAGCAACAGUAUAUUUAUCAUUUCUGUAAGAUUUGUUUCUGUCCUAUUGUACAUAACAGAAGCUCUCAUUAUGAUGAAAAUAAAAAACAAAAAUCUGCACACCUAUUAUUAUUCU